AUGGACCGCACCGUGGACGUGGUAGAGCACGUCGAGCAGUUCUAUGGGGAGGCCAUUCAGUCGAGAAACAAGUCCAUCGCAAGGCUCGGCGAGAGGCGCGGCAUAGGUCCCCCGGACCUGGUGUGGCUCACCAAGGUGCAGUACGGGCCCAAGGGGCAGCCGCAGACGGACCCGACGGGGUACUACCACUGGGUCCUCGGCCGGCUGGUCGGCGGCGAGGCGGAGGCGGCCGCGUACUUCAUGGACGUCCUCCACGCGCAGGAGAAGCCCGGCGCCACGAUAUCGGGCCUGGUCAGCCUGACGGGCAUCGCCACGGCUCUCGGCCAGACGCAGUGGCGCAUCACGCAGGGCGUGUACUGCCUGUACGACGCGCUGCACCGCAUCGACAUCCGCGUGCGCAUGGCCAUCCCCGGCGGCGUGACCGUGGAGGCGGUCGGUCCGGACCUGUCCCCGGUGGCGGUGACGGAGGAGCUGUGGCAGGGCGCCCUGGUGUGCGGCAUGGUGCGCGCCACGCUGAUGGACCCCGCGAUCGUCGCCCUGCCCGAGAGCGCCGGCCAGGACCGGUCGUGGCUGCUCAACGCGCUGCGGAUCGUGGACUUCGUUCGCUCCCCGACGGACGAGCGGCGCGUCGAGGCGGCGCUGAAGGAGCUCGCCGCGGCGGGCCACCUGUCGGCGCUGGCGUCGUGGGUGCAGGUCCCCUGGGACCGCGGGGGCGGGACGACCGCCGAGGACCUCAACCCCCUGGGCUGCGCCCUCAACUUCAGCCUCCACCGCAUGCAGCGCGCGCAGAGGGCCGCGCAGCUGUUCGAGAGCCUCACGUACGACUGGCCCGUCGCCGCCACGUACGCCUCCUUCGCGCUGCGCGUGCUCGGCGAGCACACCAAGGCCGCCGGCGUCCUGCGCGCCGCCCUAGCACGCAUCGAGAAGCUGCUCGGCGGCGAGGAGCCCCCCGAGGGCGUCCUGCGGCCCGCGGCGCAGCAGCUGGUGGAGAUGCGGCAGCAGCUGCACGUGGCGCUGGGGUGGAGCAUGCUCGAGUGCCAGGAGCCCAAACAGGCCCUCGCGUACGCCGAGGACGCCCUGGAGGACGCGGAGUUCCUCGGCAACCCGUGCCGGCCCGCGUGGGUGCUGGCGGCGCGCGCCAACGUCGCCCUCGGCAUGCCCGCCGCCGCGCUGCUGUGCCUGAACGCCGCGCCCGGCACGUGGAAGGCCCCGGCAUCCGUGCUCUCCGUGCUCGUCGUGGAGCCCCCGGAGCCGUUCGACACGACCAGUCCUCGCGUGGACGCGGCGUCCCCCGAGAAGGUGCUGGCGGAGCGCAUCGACCGCGAGAUGGAGUGGGCAGGCGACGACGAGCUCGCCACGCUGCCCGCGCUGGGGUACCUGUCGCCCCGUGCCCUGUCGCUCAAAGCUGGCCCCGGGAUCUGCCUCUCGAACUCACAGGCGUCCGUGUACGCGGCGCUGUACGAGAUCCUCGUGGCGCUGGUGCAGGACCUCGGGUGGGACCAGACGCUGGAGUGGCGGUCCAAGGUGUUUUUGAUGGAGUCGCAGCGGGCGGCGCACGACGCGGAGGAGGAGGUGCGCGCGGACGUGCGGACGUCCGCGGAGACCUCCCCGGACGAGGAGGAGGCGUCGCUCGAGGAGGACGCGGGCGGCGGCGACGCAGCGCUUGCGCGUGCACGUGGUGCGGGGGUCGGGGGGGCGGCGGGUCCCGGGCAGGGCGGUGCGGACGGCGACGAUGCGGCGGACGACGAGGACGACGGCGUGGUGGUGCAGCAUCGACACGAGGCGCUCGCGGCGAACGAGAGGUUCUCGCCCAGCGCUGCGGAGCGGGCGGGGCGCGGGGGGGCGAGUGGGGUGCAGGCGACCGGAGGAGCGCCCUGGCGGGAUCAGGGCGGGCACGCGACGAGCGGCGAGGGAGUCGGCGGGGCGGUGCAGCGGCCGCGACGGCCGGGAGCGCGGCAGGCGGGCGACGGCGACGCAGGCGGCGCUGGGGGCGCGGUUGGCGACGGGGACGGUGCGGCGAGAGUCGGUUCGGGAGAUCGCGGGUCUCGAGACCACGCCUUCGUCGAGGCGGAGGACGUCGAGUCGCCAGGGCGCGCGGACGCCCGCAUCGCGGACGCCGCGGAGCAGCACGACGACGGGGGCGAGCACGACUACGGUUCGCGCGAGGACGAGGACGUCGAGGCCGCCGAUGAUGUCGCCGGCGGCGGAGGGGCGGGUCCGAAGCGAGCGUGGGGCGAGGGCGAGGAGGAGGGCGAGGAGGGUGCCGGGCGCGCGGAGGACAGUGCGGGGCCCGGGGGCGACCUGCAGGCGCGUGCGGCCGAGGCGACUGCGGACGUCGACGGUGGCGAGGGCGGCGCCGGGUCGGACGCCGAGCGCGAGGCGGCGGGGGCCGACUCUGCGGAGGAGGAGGCGGUCAGCGACGGGGAGGACGAGUCGGUGGGCCGCGAGGGCUCCGUGGGGUCGCAGUACGACGCGGACUACAGCAGCAGCGAGGGCAGCGUACGCGGGGGGCAGACCGUCCUCGACCCCCGCCUGCCGGCCGCGGGCAGCGGCGCCGCGGCCGUGGCGUACGUCGGGAGCCGCCCGAUCGACAGCGACGCGCCGCUGCGGCCCAUGACGACGUCCGCGGCGGACGGAGACGGGCGCGGCGGCCACCGCUCGCACGGAUCCAGCAAGACGCCGGCGGCGCUGCGGCAGGGCGCGUGGAAGGGGGCGCCCGUGAACCGCGGGGUCACGGACGCCGCCGGGCCGUCCGCGGGGCCGCGGCAGCGGCGGGUCCGGGGGAAGCUGUCCUGGCGCGAGACGCUGUACGGCGAGAACACGCGGGAGGUGGAGGGCGAGGACGGCGGGGCGGAGGUGGUGAUCACGCAGGUGGAGUGCCAGCUGUGGCUGGACGACCUGAUCCUGGCGCUGUACCACGACAUCGACGCGCUGACGUCGUGGCUGAACGCCGAGGCCAAGCUGCGGUCGUGGUGGGAGCGCGAGCGCGUCAUGGCCGCGGGGGCCUCGGACUCGGACGACGAGAACAUGGUCCCGGGGGCGGGCGGACCCGCCGUGCCGACCUUCUCGCAGAUCGGGUGGCUGAGCCUCGGGCUCCUGAGCGAGCGGCUGAAGCGGGUGCCCGACGCAGAGAGGGCGCUGCGGACGGCCACGCACCCGAGCAUGUUCUCCAGGUUCUCGAUCGUCGGCGUGCUGGGCCUCCUGCGGCUGUACGCGCGGCUGGGCUGGGCGCGGGAGACGGCCGACUGCCUCGUCGAGGCCCUCAAGCGCGUGCACGAGCUCGCGGGCGCCAGCGUGCUCGCGCGGCCGCCGAUGGCGGUCACGCAGGCGUUCUGCGAGAUCGUGGUGCAGUGCGGGCUCGAGGACGUGGAGACGUUCAUCGCGCAGCACCUCGCCACCUCGAGCGGCUCCAGGAGCUCGCGCGCGCUGACGAGCCUGUGGAGCCUCGUGGGCAAGCCGGUCGCGACCGGGCAGACGCCGUCCUGGAAGAUCGACGUCGACACGCUGAUGCGCGAGGCCGUGCGGUGGCACGUCGACGGCUACGACGGGUGA